AUGGAUCUCGCUCGCAUCACAGCCGCUCAUGUAGACGGCCGCACUCAGAAUGCGCGGUACCGUCAAGCGCAAUUUCACCGUUUACAAUCAACCCUCAUUGAGCAUAUUGCGGAGAUUCAGGAUGCCAUUCGAGCCGACUCCGGACACACGCAGGAAGAAACUCGCGCGGAAGUUGUUCUGGCCAUGCAGGAGCUCCGCACCCAUUAUUCUUCCCUAGAUAUCCACAAGGAUCUGGAGAUCGAGUAUCGCGUUGCGCAGGGAAAGGACAAUGCAGAGAAUGUCCAAGGUGCCGGUAUCGUGUACAUUGUGCCGUCCACGCACACGUUGUUCUACUCCGUCAUUUCGGCGCUGACGGCCGCCGUGGCGGCGGGCAAUUGUGUCGUUCUGGAGCUGCCUCAAACGACCAUGGCCCUGCCAGCGGUCCUGCGCCAGAUUCUCCCCGAAGCUCUCGAUCAUGACACCUUCACGAUUACAAGCCAGCGACCCGACGUUUCCUUCAUGAGCAAGGCUUUGCUGGUAGACCAGACCGGCUCCAAUGCUCCCAGCGGGCUGAUAUCGCCGGCAACCUCGCGAAGCGUUGCAAUUGUUGAUCGUUCUGGUAAUGUGGCCGAGGCGGCACAAGCUCUGGUGGCGGCGCGCUUCGCACUGGGCGGCAAGUCACCGUACAGCCCGGAUGUUGUACUCGUCAAUGAAUUUGCCAUGAAACCAUUUGUCGAGGCAGUCAUUCAACAAGCAUCGAAAUAUCUUGCGGGUGAGAAUGGAGAGGCUCGGCAAACACAAGCGUCAACCCGGCGACAAGGUCUCCUGGAUGCUAUUCAGAAGGACAGAACGGCUCGCAUCUUGGUCUCGGGGAGCACUUGGGGAGUGGUAGAAGUACAAGACCGUGCAUCGCCUCUGCUGAAGAAGAAGAUCGACGAGAAGGUACUCCUCGUCCACCCGGUCACGAGUUUGGACGAUGCCAUCGACAUGAACUUCAAUCAAACACUGGCUGCCGUCUACGCCUUUGCCGCUCCAGCUUCGGCCAAGUAUCUCACCCAAUUUAUCGACGCUGAUAUCUCAUGGGUAAAUCACGUCCCCAGCAAUAUGCUUCUUGGUCCUGCUAUUCCUCGCAAUACUGCUUAUAAUAAGCACACACGCUACGCCACCACGCUAUUCCAGAAGCCUCGACCGCAACUGGUCGUUCCAUCAACCACGGCAUAUGCUGUCGACACGAUCCUCGAUUCCAAGACCACCGUCCGCUCUGAUGCUCUAUGGCGCGCCGCCCUGUUGCCGCUACCUCCUACCAAGCAGCGCGCAGGGUUCAAGAUUGGAUUCUUCGAGCAAGGUAUUCUGACCGGUGUUAGUAUCACCCUGAUCUCUUUGAUUGCAACGUUCUCAACAGUGGGCUACUAUACAUGGCUCUACGUCAGGAUGCGCGGUUGA